AUGUUGCUCAGCGACUUUACCUCGCGUAUUGAAGAAUUAAUAUCAAAACACCAUGUUCCUGGUCUCUCUGUCGCCGUGUUGAGCGAGGAUCAAGUGACAUCUGCAGGCUUUGGGAGUGCAUCCAUUGAGCCUCCGUUACCAUGCACAGCGGACACACUUUUCGAUGUGGCUUCGUGUGCAAAAUCCAUAACAGCCGCUUCAGUUGCCAUCCUCGUUGAAGACAAUGAGGAUUACCAUGAAAUCAAGUACGACGCGCUCAUGUCGAAUCUUCUCCCCGAAGACUUUGUCAUGUCAUGCCCUGGGCAUAGCAAGGGUGUGAUGGUGGAAGAUCUACUGAGCCACAGAACAGGAAUGGCUCCACAUGACAAUUCUUACUUCGGUCCUCAAGCCGAGUGCCCAGACAAUGCCGCAUCAGUCACCCGAAACCUCCGAAACCUGGCCGUUGCUGCUCCUCUUCGAUCGCGGUACUUGUACUGCAAUAUGAUGUAUACAGUUCUGACACAUCUAAUUGAGGUCAAAUCCAAAUUAUCAUUCUCGGAUUUUCUAGAAGACCGAAUCUUUCUGCCACUGGCCAUGAAUUCCAGCAGCUUACAGCCAGCCAAUGCCCGGGCCAAGGGUCUUGGUGACCGUAUCGCGACCGGCUACAUCUGGAAUAAAACGAGCGGAUACCGCGAGUGCCAAUGCGCCGAUUGCCCAGAAGGGCAGGGAGCCGGCUCAGUUAUCACAAGUGCCAAUGACUUCAUCAAGUGGGUGAAGGCUCUAGUAAACCAAGAGGGACCAAUCACCCAAAAGGUUUAUCAGGGGCUCGUCAGGCCGCGCAGUUUUCCAAAUUACCAUCCCGCUAGGCUCAAACCGUUCACAUCUCCACCUCUCUAUGCGGCUGGCGUUGAUAUAUACUAUUAUCGGGGCCAUAUGGUCGUUGGGCACAACGGGGUUGUCCCUGGGUUUGGAGCUCGCUUUGCUUUCAUCCCCAGCAUCAAAUUUGGAGCUGUGGUGAUGGGAAACUCGUCAGAGGCUGGAAUCGUGGCCGGGAUCUUGAUUCGCGAGCUCAUUGACGAUGCGCUGGGGAUUCUGGAGCCGGAUAAAGCAGCUGGCGUUAGAGUGAGUAAAGUCGGGGUCAAUCCUUCAGAAAGCACGAAGGCAGGAGAGAAGAAAAAGCAAAAGCGGAGCCGGCCACCCAAAAAUUCAAAACCAGAACACCAAAGCAAUCGGCCGUCUGACGCAAAUAAGACGAAGCCCGACAUGUCUCAACCUGAUGAUGAAGUCGAGCCGCAAGUGAAACCACUUCAUCAAUAUACUGGGCAUUACUGGAAUUCGGGAUAUCGCGGAAUCACAGUUCAAAUAGUGGACAAUCGAUUAUUUGUUGAUGCCUCAGACCGCGCUAUGGGAUUCACUCUCACGUUUCAUCACAUCUCCGACCAGACCAAAUACACUGCCAAACUGGUAGACGCUGUUGAAGGCGGCAGUGAUCCAAUUGAGGCAGAAUUUUUGUUUGAGGGCGAUGAGGUAGCUGGAUUGGGUCUUAACUUGGAGCUGUCGUUGAGAAAAUUGAUCUGGUUUCACAGGGUCAAUGGAAACACAGAGGGACUUGAAAAAUGCCGGUAA